AUGAGGCCUAAGAAAAAGGUCAGGUAUGGUGGGCCAGUUAGAGUUGGGGCCCUUGUUGCACCUACUGGGAUCACGCUUUGUGGGCAUUAUGGAAGACGCCAUCCGAGUAAAUGUUGGAGGAUGACUGGAACUUGUUUAAGAUGUGGGUCUACUGAGCACAGUGUUCGAGAGUGUCCAUUGAGGGCCGAUCAGGCUGAGGUAAGAGAAUUGACCCUAGUUUAUGCUGCUCGUCACCGAAAGGAUAGAGAUGCUCCAGACGUUAUCACGGUUACGUUUCUUAUUUUUGAUGUGCCUUACACUGCGUUGAUAGAUAUAGGAUCUACGCAUUCCUAUGUUGCCUAUUCUGUUUCCAAAAGCCUAGGGAUUCCGGUUGAGAGUACUUCUAGUGAGGUGACUGUGCUGAGCCCGCCGGGGCAAUCUGUUAGAGUUAGCAAACUGUAUAGGGAUGUUCCUUUAGAGGUUCAAGGGACGGUAUUUUUGGCUGAUUUGAUGGAGUUUCCGUUUGGCGAGUUCGAUAUGAUAUUGGGGAUGGACUGGUUGGUCAAGCAUCGUGUCAGUUUGGACUGCGUGACUAAGAGGGUUGUAUUAAAAACUAAAGGGGGUAAUGAAGUAGUUAUGAUUGGGGAACGUCGAAAUUACUUGGCUAACGUGAUCUCUGCACUGGUAGUUGAGAAACUGGUUCGCAAGGGAUGUGAGGCUUAUUUGGCCUACGUAAGUGUUUCCGCUUCUAGGGACUCUACUGUUAAGGACAUCAUAACUGUGAGGGAUUUUCCAGAUGUCUUUCCUGAGGAGCUAUCGAGUUUACCUCCGAAUUGGGAAGUGAAGUUUGGGAUUGAGCUUCUCCCUGGUACAACUACGGUGUCUAUCGCUCCCUAUCGAAUGGCACUGAAGAAGCUUAUGGAGCUCAAUGCUCAAAUUUAG